GUCGGGAUCUGGACCGCCAACAUCCUUCAAAAGACUCAUGUAUUCAUCAACUUUUUCUUGAUGAUGAGUGAAUUCCUCUUUCAGAGCUUCAAGUUCUUCACCUAGAAUAAAGGAAACAUUAAUUCUUUUUCAUAUGAAGCCUUGGCUCCUCCCUCUUCUCCCCCACCCCACUCUCAAAAAUGGGCAUUCAGGGAGACAAUGAAUUUAGUGUCGAAAUGACAAAUUAUCGUCCUGUGGCGGAAUCUGGUGCCAAAGAUUGUCAUGGAGAUGGGCAGGAGUAGGGAUAAAUGCCGGUACUACCGGCGAGUCAACGAAUCACAGCCGUUUCUCCCUUCCGUAGUCACCCCCACUACGCAUAAUGCCCAAACACAACCGACCCCCACCACUGCCAUCGAGUGUUGGACUGAGAGGGGUCGAAUAUAAACCGAUGUCGUCAGGUUUUCGGUUCAUUGUGAAGUUGAUCGUGGAUCAAGCUUUGUAAUUUGAGCAGUACGCUUUUGGGAAAUAACUCAAUGUCAAGUUCGUUUCAUAUCUUGUGUUUAUAAACGUGAUCGAGUUCCCGGAUAUUCACUAAAUUUACUGGAUUUUCAAUCAAUCUAUUCUGUUCAUUCGGAGUUUAUUUAGUUCGAUUUCGAUUAAACGGUGUUUUAUUCUAAAAUUGAUUGUGGAUCAAGCUUCGUAAGUUGAUAACUGCGCGGUUGGAAAAUAAUUCAGUGUACAGUUGACUUCAUAUUUUGUGUUUAUAAACGUGAUCGAGUGCCUGGACAUUCACUAAAUUUACUGGACUUUCAAUCAAUCUAUUCUGUUCAUUCGGAGUUUAUUUAGUUCGAUUUCGAUUAAACGGUGUUUUAUUCUAAAAUUGAUAGUGGAUCAAGCUUCGUAAGUUGAUAACUGCGCGGUUGGACAAUAAUUCAGUGUACAGUUGACUUUAUAUUUUGUGUUUAUAAACGUGAUCGAGUGCCUGGACAUUCACUAAAUUUACUGGACUUUCAAUCAAUCUAUUCCGUUCAUUCGGAGUUCGUUUAGUUCGAUUUCGAUUAAACGGUGUUAAAAGUGCAUUGUCGUUGUGUCAGUGAAAUUAAAAGCAGUAUUUGGGACUGAAAUAGUGACUUCUGCUGUCUAUUGAAGGACUGGAGAACUUUCCAAGCAUGGAGAGUAAGAAGAUGAAAAUUCUGCAGAACAAGACGCCGGUGCAACUUCUCCAUGAGAAAUUAGCGAGAUGUGGUUCAAGUGCCCGCUACGAGUUGGUGUACGAUUGGACAACAAGGCCCGUGAAUGUCCCGAAAUUCACCUGGGAAAUCAAAGUCGGAGAUCAAACGGCGUUUGGUACGGAUAACAAUAAAAAGAAGGCGAAACAAGAAGCAGCUCGGAAUAUGCUCAUGCAACUAUCCGAUGAUGUUGACAUGUUGACAGCACUUCCAGCAAAUACUGGCGAGAAUAUGCAGAAUCAUAUUGGCAACUUGAGCAUGUUUUGCUCACGAAACGAAUUACCCCAACCGAAGUACGACGAAGACCUUGAGGAUGGUCCAGCUCAUAAACGAAGAUUCUACUGGAAUUGCGUUGUUGGUCAGCAUCGAGAGGUGGGUGUUGCGCAUUCAACGAAAGCAGCUAAGCAGUUGGCAGCCCAGGCAAUGUAUCUCACCCUUGUGGCAUCAAUGAACAACCCCAAUGACGCCGAUGUGCCCGACUACAAACUGAGCACCGAGACAAUGACCUUGUGCAAAAUUGAAAAAUCAGAAAAAUAUGAACCCGAAGAUGCCGAGGAAAUGGAGAUUUCAGGGAACGACAACUAUUCACCAGCCUCUCCAGACCCGGUGGACUAUGCCAUAACCAGUGCAGAUUCCGUACCAAUGAGAUCUCCGGGAAAAAGGGAGAGGACUGAUGACAAUAGCAAUUCUGAAAAUGAAGACUGCGAUAACCUCAAUAACUCUGUAAUCGCAAGGUCCGACGAUUUGCCGGUUGUAAAACGUCGCAGAAGCACGUCAUUUAGUAGUGAUGAGACCUUGGUGAAAUACAAUCCAGGGUUAUCAUCGUUCAACGACAUGAGUAGUCCUGCUUCGCCUGAGGGGUAUGAUCGCGGUGAACACGUAAUAGAUCAAAUGCAUGAGGAAACCCGUCAUCCUGAGGAGUUUGAGGAAUCCAGUCGUCGUCAAGCCUCUGAUGAAGAUAAUCAUCAUCUAGCGUCUGAGGAAUCCCGUCAUCCUGAGGAGUUUGAGGAAUACAGCCGUCGUCAAGCCUCUGAGGACUACAAUCGCCUUCAGCAGUUCGAGCAAUACCAUCGUCUCGAGGCCUCUGGGGACUACAUUCCUCUUCAGGUUUUUGAGGAAUCUCGUCAUCCUGAGAAGUUUGAGGAAUCCUGUCAUUCUGAGGAGUUUGAGGAAUCCCGUCAUUCUGAGGAGUUUGAGGCAUCCCGUCAUUCUGAGGAGUUCGAGGAAUCCCGUCAUCCUGAGGCGUUUGAGGAAUCCCGUCAUCCUGAGGCGUUUGAGGCAUCCCGUCAUCCUGAGGAGUUUGAGGAAUCCCGUCAUCCUGAGGCGUUUGAGGAAUCCCGUCAUCCUGAGGCGUUUGAGGAAUCCCGUCAUCCUGAGGCGUUUGAGGAAUCCCGUCAUCCUGAGGCGUUUGAGGCAUCCCGUCAUCCUGAGGAGCUUGAGGAAUCCCGUCAUCCUGAGGCGUUUGAGGCAUCCCGUCAUUCUGAGGAGUUUGAGGAUUCCCGUCAUUCUGAGGAUUUUGAGGAAUCCCGUCAUUCUGAGGAGUUUGAGGCAUCCCGUCAUUCUGAGGAUUUUGAGGAAUCUCGUCAUCCUGAGGCGUUUGAGGAAUCCCGUCAUCCUGAGGAGUUUGAGGAUUCCCGUCAUCUUGAGGAUUUUGAGGAAUCCCGUCAUUCUGAGGAGUUUGAGGCAUCCCGUCAUUCUGAGGAUUAUGAGGAAUCUCGUCAUUCUGAGGAUUUUGAGGAAUCCCGUCAUCUUGAGGAUUUUGAGGAAUCCCGUCAUUCUGAGGAGUUUGAGGCAUCCCGUCAUUCUGAGGAUUUUGAGGAAUCUCGUCAUUCUGAGGAGUUUGAGGCAUCCCGUCAUUCUGAGGAUUUUGAGGCAUCCCGUCAUUCUGAGGAUUUUGAGGAAUCUCGUCAUCCUGAGGCGUUUGAGGAAUCCCGUCAUCCUGAGGAGUUUGAGGAUUCCCGUCAUCUUGAGGAUUUUGAGGAAUCCCGUCAUUCUGAGGAGUUUGAGGCAUCCCGUCAUUCUGAGGAUUAUGAGGAAUCUCGUCAUUCUGAGGAUUUUGAGGAAUCCCGUCAUCUUGAGGAUUUUGAGGAAUCCCGUCAUUCUGAGGAGUUUGAGGCAUCCCGUCAUUCUGAGGAUUUUGAGGAAUCUCGUCAUUCUGAGGAGUUUGAGGCAUCCCGUCAUUCUGAGGAUUUUGAGGCAUCCCGUCAUUCUGAGGAGUUUGAGGCAUCCCGUCAUUCUGAGGAGUUUGAGGAAUACAGUCGUCAUCAAGCCUCUGAGGAAUCCCGUCACCGUCAGGAGCUUGAGGAAUACAACCGUCGUCAAGCCUUUGAAGAAUUCCGUCAUCGUCAGGAGCUUGAGGAAUACAACCGUCGUCAAGCCGCUGAGGAAUUCCGUCGUCGUCAGGAGCUUGAGGAAUACAACCGUCGUCAAGCCGCUGAGGAAUUCCGUCGUCGUCAGGAGCUUGAGGAAUACAACCGUCGUCAAGCCGCUGAGGACUACAAUCGCCGUCAGCAGUUCGAGCAAUACCGUCAUCUCCAGGCCUCUGGGAACUACAUUACUGUUCAGAUCCCUCAACAGUACAUUCCUCUUCAGGUUCCUGAGGAAAACAGGCGUCAUCAGACCUUUGAGGAGUAUAUGCGUCCUCAGGCUUUUGCGGGGGACUUUGUGUCUGAUAUGUAUCAGAUAUCUCCUGUACCUGGGCUCCCUCAAGGGGUUGUUCGUAUCCAGCGAUACUAUCCUCGUAAAGAAGAAUCUGAGACUAUACGAGUGAUUGACUACGCCCAGCGUGUCGAAGCUGCUAGAAUGCAGGCACAUGCGAGUAAUUAUUCCUGGAUGGCUGGAAGGCCUUACGAUCCGAGAGCUCCUGAAAACAUUUCUAACAUCAAUAUUCAAGGACCUGAAAUUCAACCUAAUCUACAGCACAACAUUCCAAUGGGAUAUUUCAAUUGUUCUACUCCACAUCCUAUCCAAGUUGCUGCUGAUUCAUCCACUCAUCCAGCCUUCGGAUCAUAUCGGGGGCAAGGAAACAUGAUAUAUGCACACUCUUUUGGUGAUUUUCAACGAUACCACGAGGGUAAAUAUCUUGAUCAUACAAUCCAUAUAGAUGAUGAUAGAAGCACAGCUACAACUUCUCCAGCGCCGAUAAGUAACAAUGAUGAGGAUGGCACUGAAGCUAGCAAUUUAUCCAGCAUGGACGUGAGAUCAGUUACUUCUGAAAACAUGGAGCAGUCGUCAGAAUCUUCUACGAUAUUAGAAGAGACUGAUUUGUCGUUUGAUUCCAGGUCUGAUGUCAAUUUUAGAGAACAUUUCGCAGAGGAUAUGGAGUGCGGAGCAGAUGACAUAUCAGCCGAUACCGAAUCCGAUUCAGAGCUUUCGGUAGACGCGUUAUCUGAGGAUGACGACGAAGUAUUGGAUCGACCUGGGGAUGACAAGGCGAUUUAUGAAAGAGGACGGUUAAUAGUGAAAACAGGUAAUUGGGUGUUUGAAUUUGAGGACAUAUAUGAUGAGGACAAGGGACACUUUUUAUUAUAUUUAAUUUGUGCUCGUGAUCGUGAUGAUUUGGAAGGCGAGUAUCGUGAUGAAACGAUUGAUGAGAGAAGUUUGUCGUCUGAAAAUGACGAGGAAAUGAGUGAAAUUUCUUCAAGUUCGAGUGAGGAUGAAGGGGAGAGGAGUAGUGAUUAUUCAGAGAUGGGAAGUGAUUAUUCGGAGAUGGGAAGUGAUGGUUCAGAGAUGGAAAGUAAUGGUUCAGAGAUGGAAAGUAAUGGUUCAGAGAUGGAAAGUGAUAAUUCAGAGAUGGAAAGUGAUGAUUCAGAGGUGGGAAGUGAUGAUUUAGAAGUGGGAAGUGAUGACACUGAAUCGGUAGAUGAUGAACAGAUUAGUCUGGAGAACAACGAGCCAGGUGAUAGGAAAAUCUCUGAGUUUUAUUAUUCGGUUCUGGCGAAGCAUGGAGUAGACUUGAAACCAACAAUUUGUAAACAUGUUAUUUCUUUGCUUCAUCUAAUGAUGGCAAAGAAUAUCACUAAGAAACCAGAGGUUGCUGUGAGGGCGAUGAAAUCUUUGAGACACAUUCUUGCAAUCAUUGAUCUCCAUUUAGCGGCCGUAAUGGUGAAAAAAUGGGAUGGAGAGUAUCUUGUUGUUGCCCACAUUGAUUCCAUGUCUCGUAUUAUUGAGAUGAAGAGGCACCGCAAUGUACAUGUGGCUAUUAGAGAUGUCCUUUUCAACGUUCUCAUUAGGCUUAAUGCAUUAUUACGAUAAUUUUUCGAUGAAUUUCUAGUUCAUUGUAGAGAGAAGUGAUACAAGUCUUGGUAUUGAUUUUCAAUUGAGUUAGGGGGAAAUUAAUAGCCCAAUGUCGAAAAGAUAGACGAAGAUUACUCAGCAAAUUGGUUGACGAGAGAAUUGACUUGAAUAUUUUUUUUUAUUUAACUGUUCACACUUUAUUUGCUCAGGGGAUGGACAGGAUCAUUAGACAUAUCAUUAAGGAUUGGUAGAUUAUUGGAGGGCGACUAGCAAUCUUGCGAAUUUGUAAGGGGAGGCAUUAAAAACGGUGAAAAAUGGAGAGAAUUUUAUAAUUAAUUUGAAAGAAAUGUACUACAGGUGUUAUGGAAUUUCAAUGAUAAUCGAAUAUUGUCGUGUAUUUGAAGGAUUAAGUUUUUGUGUUAAGUAUAAGAUCUAGUUUUUCAUAAUGUAAAUGUAAAUAAUAAACACCUGUAAAUAAUAAACACCUGUAAAUAAUAAACAUCUAUAUUACCCGAUUUGAAUUGAUUUAUUGUAAAGAUAAAAAGUGGAAGGGAACCUGCAGUAGGUUGUUUCAGGGGAUUUCCCUGCUGCCAAAUGUCAUUUAUACAGAUUUAUUUAUUAUGAAUUGAACAAUGCUCAUACUCAAUUUUUAUUACAAUAACAUCUUUCCUUCCUUCCGCAUUUAUGAUUAUAGCACAUGAAGAUGUGAUUACAAGAUACAGAUUGUAAAAUUCUAAAAACUUCAUUCAUAGCAUUAUUUAAAUUAAAUUUCGGAAGGUAUUGGCAUUUUUAAUAAAUAUUUCUUCUUAUAAACAAAUAAUAAAAUUUCUAUUUUAGAAGGUAAAUUAUCUUUGACGAAGUGCCAAAAAAUUGCACGAUUUUGUAUGUCUAAUAAUGGAAAAUUCGGAUUCCAAUUUUUGACUACAGCGAAAAUUUCAAUUUUUCCAUAAGACGCUGUGGCAAGAUCUGAUGUAAAACUUUUUUUGGGAAAUUAAGAAGCAUUUAUUAAAUUUAAGAAAAAAUCGCGAUUUAAUUGUGAUCGAGUUGUCUGAAAAUUUAUUGUAGUUUUCCAUAUUUUUUGAAGUUCACUGAAAGAGUAGGGCUAUUUUAGAAAAUCUAUUGAGAACAUGUGUUUACAAUGAACAUAAAAAUUCAGUGAACUGGCAGCAUUAAUCGGACUCCUUGUAAUAUGUUCAAUAAAAGUUACAUUUACUUUGA